CAAUCUAGGUGCCGGACAAAGCAAGGGCUUUCUUCUCGGUGGUGUUGAUUUCAAAAGUUGGUAAUGGGGCAAAUACUUUGUUUUGGAUUGAUAAAUGGGUUCAUGGAUAGAAAAUUGCAAAUCUAGUACCUAGAUUAUUUGUAGUCAUUCCGAAAAGAAUCACUAACAGAAGAACGGUUUAGGAGGGCGUUGACAAAUAGAAGAUGGAUUUCAGAUAUCAUAGGAACUCUUUCUGUGGUGGUCUUAGUGGAUCAUCUUCAUCUCUGGAAUCAGAUUUUAGAUUUUGAGCUAUUACUAGAUGUGGAAGAUAAGCAUAUAUUCAGUAUUGCUGCUAAUGGGGCUUAUUCGGCUAAGGCUGCAUAUGAAGUGUUGUUCCCUAGGUCUGUUCAUUUCAGUCACUAUAAAAGAGUUUGAAAAACUUAGGCCCACUCCAAAUGCCACUUCUUCCUUUGGCUGACGGCAUGCUUAUCAAGGCGUCGCCUUAGCGUCGCUUUAGCGCUAAGGCUCGCGCAGAAAGCAGAGUGUCUAGCUUGCCUUGCCACGAUGCGUAAGGCGUCCGCCCCGUCCUAAGGCGUCGGCGAGGUGUUGGCGAGGCGACGCCUUAGGGGUAGAUAGGGUUUUGAGUGGGGGUUUCAGUUAGGUGGACGCACGUGUACACAUCGGUUCGGGUCAGAGCUUGAGGCGGCGGCGGCUGGGAACGUCUUUGCUAGUAGUGGCGUCCUUCCUCAACUCCGGCGGCGCGUGGGUGUGCUCCUCCCUUAGCUCCGGCGGCGUGUGGGCGUGGAGCAGCUGCGCUCACGGCGGCACGCCAGCGAGCUCCCUCAGCCCUCUCUUUAUGAUCCUAUGGCUGAUCCGAAGUGGAGAGCAAAGUCCAAUGAUCCCGGAUGGAAGUAUGGGUAUUGGACAGAAAUUGGGAACCGAGAUAAGGUCACAUGCAACCUUUGCAAGACCGUGACAACCGGAGGAAUCAAAAGGUUGAAAGAACACCUUGCGGGUGGUUUUGCGGAUACAUUAAUGUGUUCUAAGACAACAACAGAGAUUAGAAAAGAAAUGUAAGCAUAUUUGGACAAGAAUAAGAGAUGCAGACCUAUUUUUCUUGAUGAGGAUGAUGGUCAUGAGCAGCAGGAGCAGCAGGAUACUACUUAUGUACAUCAACCUAGCUUGGGGACAGCCGCUAAAAGGAAGAGAGCUGCAUUUCAAUUUAGAACAGCAGCUCCACAACCAUCCAACAUGGAAAAAGAAAAAAGAAAGGUUGCAACCAUGCUUCGGAGAACUCCCAAACAAGUUGUGGAUGACAGGCGUUCCUCAGGGUCACACCAAACCACCAUAGAGGCUGCACUGAAGCCAAAGGCUGACAGGGAAUAUGUGAAUGAGCAAUGGGCACUGUGGUUCUAUGAGUGUGGCAUUAUGCCAUCAGUUCUUGACAAUUUCAGGUUGCUUGUGAAGCUACUGCACAAUAUGGUUCCGGUUAUGUGCCUCCUAGUUUCCAUGAUUUGAGGGAGCCUUUGCUUAAUUCAUGUGUGAAGAGGACAAACAACAUGAGAGCUGAGCAUGAGAUAGCAUGGAACAACUAUGGCUGCACUCUAAUGUCUGAUGGAUGGAAUGAUAGAAGGGGUCGUCAGCUAAUCAACUUCCUUGAUCGCAGCCCAGAAGGUACUUAUUUCAUGGAAUCUGUUGAUGCAUCAAAUGUACAACAUAAUGCAUAUAUGCUAGCUGAUUUGCUUCAGGAGAGAAUUGAUAAGAUUGGAAGAGAUAAGGUUGUUCAACUAGUCACUGAUAAUGGUGCUAAUUAUAUGGCAGCGGACAGGAUUCUAAUGGACUGGAUUCCAACAUUAUUUUGGACACCUUGUGCUGCACAUUGUUUGGAUCUCAUGUUGGAAGAUAUUGGCAAAUUGAAAGACUUCAAGAAACCUAUUGCAUAUGCCAAAAGGGUGACCACUUUUAUUUAUAGACAUGGAAGAAUUUUAAGUGCAAUGAGGGAGAAGACAAGUGGGAUGGAUCUGGUAAGACCAGCAGCAACUCGAUUUGCCACAUACUUCCUUACAUUGAAGAGCUUACACAAACAUUGAUAUGCCUUGAGAGCUCUCUUUUCAAGUGAUGAAUGGAAGAACAACAAAUUAGCGAAGACAGAGGCAGGCAAGAGUGUGUACAACAUUGUUCUAUCUAAGGCGUUUUGGACUACAGUUGAAGAUUGCCUUAGAGCUUCGGCGCCACUUCUUAUUGUGCUUAGGGCUGUUGAUGGUGAUGAAAAACCAGCCAUGCCAGAAGUUGCUGCACUCAUGAAUGUUGUAAUAGAGAAGAUAAGGCUUAGCUUUCCUACCCAAAACAAGCAGACAUUGUUGAAAAAAAUCAUGGACAUCAUUGAGCGCCGGUGGGUGACACAAAUGGACCAUCCAUUAUAUGGAGCUGCACUCUAUUUGAACCCGAGAAAGUUUUUUCCAUCCGAAAGAAGGGGGAUUCUAGAUAUGUUGCAGAGCUAAGGAGUUGUUUCAAUGAUGUACUAGCAAGAAUGGAGCCCGAUGAAGAGAUUAGGUCCAAGAUUGAUGAGUAUGACAUGCAUCAUGAAGACCAAAGAGGACCUAUCUUUUCUAACAAGCUGGCACUCGAAAAUAUUCAAUCAAAAAGCCCUCUUGAUUGGUGGUGUGCAUAUGGUGGACAGGCAUUUGAACUACAAAGAUUUGUGAUGCGUGUGGUUAGCCUUUGUGCUUCAUCAUCGGGUUGUGAAUGGAUUUGGAGUACAUUUGAAUUUAUGCAUACAAAGAAGAGAAAUCGGUUGUUGCGCAAGAGGUUGAAUGACUUGGUCUUAUCUGCCUAUUUCAUGGGAACUCAACCCACCAAAUGGUCAUGUUGGAGACACCCGCUGUGCCUGUGCGGCUGUGGUCCUUUGGCAAAUCCUUAGAGUUGAAUUGUGACGGCAGUUGAUAUCCUUAGACCUUCGGGAAAGCAAAAAGCGAUAAAGAGAUCGCAGAUGGAUAUUGUGCUGUAGCACUUUCAGAUGGUGGUUCGUGUCAGUCGAUUAAUCCACUCCCACAUGAGAAGAAUUGUAUAUUGUGCUCCCUGAACUCUAUCAGGAGAGCUGCUGUAGCAGUCACUGGACAUCGAUAAUCUCGAAGAUACUGUUGCUAGUCUGUACUGGUACUGCACAGGAGUGUUUGUUAUCUGGCCAUCCAGUCCAGCAAGCUGGAUGUGUGCGUAUGUUACAUCUGUCUGCCUGAACCAGGUGGUGUAAAAAUAGGCCAAGAAAGCAUCGGAAUGGUAUACCUUUUCUUGUUCGAUUUGUAUUGCUAAAGGAUCAUUUGUUGACUGCUUGGGUUCAUAUAACAGAAUAAAAGCAUUGCGGAUUAUUCAGGGGCGCCGUCGGAGACGGCAGAUAACUAUUGCCUGCCUAGCCCGCGCCCAUUCCUCUUCCUGUUGCAGUGCAGGACAAGGCGGCGGCGGUGCAGAUCUUUCUCCCUUUUCUUGCGGGCGGCAAAGGAGAGAGACUGCGAGCCAAGGAACAGGCCAACAAAUAUCUGAGGCCCGAUAUUUUCUCCUGCCCCAGCCACGUGGAAAAGCGCCGUCACGUAGGCGUAAAGCUCCCGUCCAGUCCAGGGCCCGGUCGGCUCGGCUGCCGAUCCUUCUUCAAUCCCUCGCCUGCAACUGGCUCUCUGUCCCCUUCUGCUCCCCCCACGGUUCCCCAGAGCCCGAGCCAAAUCUAGGGGCUUCCUUCAUCCGAGCGUGGUUUCAAUUCUAGGGGUAGUCACCUCACCUGAAUUCCGCCCAAAUAAAUUCGUCGCUGCCUUGUGAUCCUUGGGGUUUCCUUGGUUCUUGAGUUGCGAUCUUCUGCUGGUUCGUGUCCCCCAAUCCGUAAUCAAUCCGGCGUCUAGGAAACCAAUUGCUGCUCAGUUCUCUUAUUUGCUCCUCGCCUUCCUUCCUCCAGCCUGGUUAAAAUAUCGAAAGGGGAUUUUUUUUUAAAAAUCUGCUCAUCGAGGAAGCAGGGAAGACAAGAAUUGUUGCAUCGGAUAAAGGUCGGGUGAAAAUACAAGCAAAUCCUGGGAACUCGCGUCCCUUUGCUAGGUGGUUCUUUCCUGAUACAAAGAACACAAUGGGCGAUGUGUCCUUGAACGGACCCAUUAAGGCUGCUGAGCCAGGUGCCGGUGGCAUUGCCAAGGGCAAUCAAGUUCUGGACACGAUGUCCGCCGGGUGGACAGACGAGAGACACAGGCUGUAUAUAAGCUCUAUGGAGGCCUCUUUCGUCGAUCAACUGUACAACCACGGGAGCCGUCCGCGCAACGCAAACGGCACCGCCUUCAAGGCUCUCCGCAGGGAGUACGUCGAGUAUGAGAAGACCGAUGCUCCUGUGCGAAGGGGGGCUAAGUGCUGCGGCGUUCCUGCAAAUCCUUGGAUGCAGCAUUUCAGGCCACGUAGUGAUGGCGGUAAUAACGCGCGAGGCGAUGGGCUCGGGGAUUCUGUGGGCGAUCUUGAAUCUGGCACUGAGGCAAACCGGAAGAGCCUCUCAGCGUCUCAUGGAAGGGAACGGGACGCUUGUGAGGGAGAACCCCAGCUUCUCCAUGAAAGUAGAGAGGUCUCUGAUCAAAAUUUUGCUGACGACGAGGCUGAAGCUGAAACAGAAUCAAUGAAAGCAUACAAGAAAAGGAGAUUAAGCAGGACAAUGAUCAACUAAAUUUGCAGGGUCAAUUAGCUUAGCCUGUUGCAGGAAUUGAGAUGACUGUCCUAAAAGGAGGCAGUAAGAUGAUGGGACAUGUCUUACGAAAUUUUCAGCUGUUGCCUCUUGGUAGCCAAGGCACUUUGAAUCCGAAGGAAGGUGUUGAAGGGUAGUUGUUAGUGAUCUUGUGAUGAUAUAACGAGCUCUGGAGCAGUUAGCAUCGGCAUUUUAGUGGAUUAUGUUCUUGUUAUGUGUAUCUGUCUAUUUUUCAGUCCUCAUCGGUAGUGCUGCAUAGUACCUCGCUCUCUCGUCAGAAGGAUAUUAGGCUAGGUCACUGUUAUUAAAUUUUUCAAUAACAGUGAAGUGUACAUGUGUUUGCCAAAUGGUGAGAAUCAUUAUUGAUUUCCAAUUCACAAACUAUUCUUUAUGCCUCA